UUUCAGAUCGGAAAUUUUCUUCACCAAUCAACGGCACUAAUGAAGCAAUCCGCAAACGGGAUAUUGGAGUAGCAGCCGCUCGCGCCACCUUCCUCGCGCAAUAAAACAACAUACCCCUGCUAACUCCAUCACAGACCACAUUCAAACAAAAACAAACCCUGCCACAACGCCACAACGACCACAAUCCCCCAACAUCACGUAGUCAAAUGGCUCUGCUCCGAAUUGAAAAUACAAUCCAAGCAAUAUGUCAAUUAAAGUGUAUUCUCAAUUGUAAUCAAGCGCGCCAUUUUAAGACCAAAAAGCUUCGCGACGAGGUCAUAUUCCAGACUUGAUUCGUAAAGCAAAUUUAGAUAUCGUAACUAAACAAAGGGAGAAACAAAACCAAUGUAUGGUUACGUCAGGAUAACGAACAAAUUAAUCGUCACCCAAACCAGGGAUUCGUAUGGCGACUCAAAGUCAUAACUCCUACUGUUCACUGCCUAGCUUUGUUGCUUUACCUUCGUGUCUUCUCGUACUGGCGUCCAUUCUUUUGCAACCGGCUCUAGCCUCGGUUGAACUAGAAUCAAUUCUAAGCCCAGAGUUCAACGUAAGUAAUCCAAACUCAACGGUGAACUGGACGUUCCUAGACGACAAUUCCACAUUCUUGAAGCACGGUCACAUCAAGCAUUCAAAAUAUUCCAUACCUACUACUAUUCUCUUGGUCACAAUAUUUAUGAUAGUUAUAAUUGGCACUAUAAUAGGAAAUGUGCUAGUUUGUGUUGCAGUACGUUUAGUUAGAAAAUUAAGAAGGCCUAGUAAUUACUUGAUAGUAUCGCUGGCAGUGAGCGACUUGUGUGUGGCCUGUAUUGUUAUGCCAGUAGCCACCGUCUAUGAUAUUAUGGGAACGUGGCCUUUUGGACCGGUUAUAUGCGACUUUUGGGUAUCGAGUGACGUCCUUUCUUGCACUGCUAGUAUCCUUAACUUGUGCAUGAUCUCCGUGGAUCGCUACUAUGCCAUUACGAAGCCUCUGGAGUACGGUGUAAAGAGAACACCUCGAAGGAUGCUAUUUUGUGUUUUCAUCGUUUGGAUAAGUGCAGCUUUCAUUUCCCUCCCGCCGGUCCUUAUCCUAGGUAAUGAGAAGACUGACACCUCCUGUUCUGUGUCACAGAAUCAGGCGUACCAAAUCUAUGCAACUUUUGGUUCAUUCUACAUCCCACUGACUGUAAUGAUCGUGGUCUAUUAUAAAAUAUUUAGAGCUGCUAGGAAGAUUGUAAAAGACGAGAAACGUGCUCAAUCACACUUGGAGACGCACUGUUACUUGGAAAUAAAUGUGAAGAAUGGCGGAGCCGCGGAAGCUAAGCUGCUGGGCAACCAGCCGGCUCAGCCUCCCCCGAGAGGAUCUACAGCGAGUACGAAUACAACGUGUAGCGUAGAUAAAACAGAGAGCACAAUCGGGAGAUGCUUUAGCGGCCAGAGAAAAUCGAACGAGUCUCAGUGCCCAAUGUUGCAACAACCAAAGACUCCAACAAAGCCUAUCCAUACUAUAAAUCGAUCACCAACACAGCUAGUGCCUGGGAAGCUAGCAGUGAAGGAGAGACAAAGACAGCCUUCGGAGAGCAGUCAGAAAAACACAACGAACAGGAUCCGUUCGUCGCUCUCGAACUUUGCUCAUAAAAGCCAUAUCGCCAAAGACUUACUGCAUCCGCAGAACGCUGUUCAUCAGAAGAAACUGCGGUUUCAAUUAGCCAAAGAACGCAAAGCGUCCACUACCCUCGGUAUCAUCAUGUCAGCAUUCGUUAUCUGCUGGCUACCGUUCUUCGUGUUAGCUUUAAUUAGACCAUUUGUUAAAGAAGAUGCGAUCCCCGAUGCGGUGAGUGCGCUUUUCCUCUGGCUGGGCUACCUAAACAGUUUACUCAACCCAGUCAUAUACGCGACUCUGAACCGAGACUUCAGAAAGCCGUUCCAAGAAAUCCUGUUCUUCCGAUGUGGCAAUCUGAACCACAUGAUGCGUGAGGAGUUCUACCACAGUCAGUACGGUGACCCCGACCAACAUUACUGUGUGAACAACACUACCAAAAUGCACAAUUACGAGGAGGGGGUGGAAAUAGUUUCUGCCGUCGAUAGGGAGGAAACGAGAGCUUCAGAGAGUUUUCUAUGAUUGUCAAUGCCAGAGGUCGCUACCAGAGACCUAGAUACUGUGAUCUAAUUAAGACUUUUUAUAAUAGUACCGCGGUCUAACAGUGUUGGUUUAAUCGAUUUCAUUCGUUUUAAUAACUUGUGUAUUAUAAAAGGCUGUUUCUACCCAACUAGUCGUUACUUACGUAAUUGUACUCGAGGUUUCGUUUUGUGUAAAAUUAAUUGUAGUUGACCAUUUUAUAUGUGCAAGCAGAAAGUGUGACAUGAGUAUUAGAUUAUAAAAUAGUUGCUAUUGUAAAUAUUUGUAUUAUCUGUGACGUUGAGUCGCGCCAUUCUUGUUUUCUGUCAAAUGUAAAAUAAUUGUACUAAAUUAUUCUAUGCGAUAAUUUGUUGUAUCAAAAACAUUUUCUCUUUGCAAAUAUAAAUGGACCUCAAGUUACUUGUACGAUUUAUUAUUAAGUAGAUAAUUACGGUAAGUCACAUGGCAUAUUACGUCACUUUUAAUAUAAUAAUAAUAGGAUGUGAAAGUACUCUUAUUAUUAUUAUUAUUUAUUAAUUUUGGAAUGACCAAAGAGGUAUAAAUAUUAACUUAAACGUGAAGUUUUACAAGUAUAAGAUGUUGUGAAUUUGAUAAAAAAUAAAAAUAGAAAUGUAUCAUAAUAUUGUUAAAUAAAUAAAUAAAUUAUGUUUAUGACAUUAAAUUAGUCAGAAGUAUUAAUCCAUGUGAUAGUAGAUAUAGAAUUCUAUUCUUUGUUAGGUUUCAUAACAUUUAUAUAUAUUUAUUAUUAUUUAUCCGAUUAAUUUCCGUUUUUAAAAUAUGUAAUUAAUAAUAUGUAAAUAUUAAGAAACAUAGUAUCUUACCGGACUACAUGUGGUUAAAUGAUUACAAAAAUAGGCACUGCCAUAUAAAAUAGUAAUAAAACAGUGUAAUAAGUUGUAAUAGACGUAGAAAUACUAUAGGAUGUACGUAAAAAUAAUACAUUUCGGUGUAUUUUUCAACUGCUGGUCCUAUCCUGUGUCAUACUUAACUCUAAACUUUAAACAUUAAAGUUCAAAUUGCCUUGUAACUUCAAGAGAUACUGUGGUUCGUUUCCUUCAUCUAGGUAUUAAGAUUAUCGAUUCUAUUCACCAGUGUGUUAAUUUUUUAUUAUUCUUGUAUUUAUUUUGGUUUGAAAAUAAAUUAACUUAGAACAAAAGUCAGUGUUGUAAAUAUUGUUAAUAAAACUAAUGACAUUACGAGUAAAUAAUAAUAAUAAUUAUUAUUAUUGUUAAUAAGUGCAUAAUAUAUAUAAUAGAUACAUAAGUGAAUAUAUAAUAUCGCAGUAACCGUGUGGGGAAACUACGCUUGGAAAAAAAAUAAUUUGACAGUUCAAUUUAAUGUUUUUAAUUAAUAAAGUUUACAUACUAAAAACUUUCUUUUGUGUAGUUUCUUUCAAAUGUGAAUAAAUAUCGUGGUUGUUUAUUAGGUGUAUUUAAUAAAUUAUUAUAAAUAAAAUGAUUGACCACAAAAAUUUCUCAAUACUUUUAGAUGUAUUUUGUAAAUCUUGUAGCUAGAAUUAAUGCCGUAUUCUGCCAUCUUUUCUUCGAUUUUUUGUUAUUUUUAAAUUAUA